AUGUCAGAAUCAAACAUAAAAGGUGUUGAUAGUGGGUACCAUAAUUACCCGCCACAACACCAAACACACCAACAACACCAACCACAACCACAACAACACCAACCACAUCAGUCAUACAACAAUAACUACCCACCACCAACACAACAACAUUAUUCACAUCACCAUAAUACUCACCAUGGUGGUCAUUACCAAAAUAAUAUAAAUUCAUCCUCACAUCCACCAUACAAUGAUGAAACAGACUCUUAUAACAGAAGCUCAAGUAGUAGCGGAGGUGGCUAUUAUGGGAAAAGGGAUUACAGAGAUUAUAGAGAUUCAAACUAUGAUGGUUAUAGGUCAUCUUCAUCAAGAAGUGGUUGGGAAAGAAGAGAUGAAAGGGGUCCAAGUAGAGGAGGAAGUGGAUCACAUUACAGAGAUUCACAUUAUAAUGAUAGAGGUCACCACAGCCAAUAUCCAUCGUCAUCAUCAUCUCAGCACUAUUAUAAUGAUAGGGAUAACUAUCGAAGUAGAGGUAGAGAUAGCUAUUAUGAUCGUCCAUAUAAUGAUAGAUACAGCGCAAAAGAUAAAGAAUAUAGCACUGAACAGCAACCACCACCACCGCUAUCACACUCACAACCACAAUCACAAUCACAGUCUUCACUUUCUGCAAAUACAACCAUAAAUUAUGAUACGACUACCACCACCGCCACUGUGGAAACCACAAAAAGCUCAAAGUGGGAUACAACCGAAAGUCAACCAUUUAUACCAAAAUCUAAACUUUCUAGUGCAGCCUCACCGACAUUACACUCGCAACAAAAAGUUUAUAAGCAACCAACACCAAUAGUAUCAAAACUAUCACCACCAAUAUCCACACCCUCCACCUCAACCUCAACUUCAAUAUCUACAUCAACAUCUUCCCCAAUAACAGCGCCGCAACAAAAAACAUUUAACAUUGAUUCAAUGGAACAAGCAGAAUUUUCUUUUUUCCAGCAAAAAUCAAUCCAAAUUUUAGAUAUUUUAAAGAAUAAUGGAACAUUUGAUACCAUUAGAUCAAUAAUAACGGAUUAUGUUAAAGAAAAAGGAAUUGGUGAUUCAAUUGUAAAGAAAACCCAAAAUAUCCUUAACGACAGUGAAAUUUUAGAAGUUUAUUCUAAAACCAAAGCAAUACAUAAAAGAAUUAUUAUGUCAGAAUUAAAAAAAGAUACCGAACCUGUAAUGUCAUUUAUUUAUAAAGAAAUAAAAGAUGUUUUAAAUGAUAAGGAUAGCAAUGUAUAUAAAGCAAUAUCGGAUAAUAUUUCAAAAGUUUUUACAACAGUCUUAUUAAAAGAAAAAGAUCCCUCUUCACCAACCAUCGCAUCAACCAACGGAAAGAGUAAAGACGAAAAUAAAAAUCCAUCAUCCUCAUCAUCAUCAUUAUCUAAACCCAAAUCAUCUUCUACACCAAAUAAUGUAACAACAUCAAAAAGUACUAAAACAAAUAAUGUAAGAACAACUGCUACUGGUGCAUCAUCGUCAACUAUAUCCACCACAGCAUCACUAACACCAUUUGAUAAAAUACCAAAAAAAGCAAAAUAUUAUAGUAGCGAUAGUGAUAAUAGUGACAGUGAAUCGUCCGAAUCCGAGGAUAGCUAUUCGUAUAGUGAAGAAGAUAACAAAAAAUCGAAAGCACGAUCCAAUAAAAAAUCAAUAAAAUAUAAUAAUAAAACAAAUAAUAAAUCCACCACUACCAUAAAUAAUAAUAAAGAAUCAAAAAAAUCAACAUCAUCAUCAUCAUCAUUUUCAAAAAACAAAACAAACAACAAAGAAAACUCACCAGACUUAGAAUCUGGUGAGCUUUCAUUAAAUAGUAGCACUAAUAAUUCACCACCAUUAUCGAACACUACAAUUAAUUUUGCAACUGUUAUAACUCCAAACAAGAGAAAGAAUAUCGAGGAACUUAAUGGUGGCAAAGCCACAAAGAAAAGACAAGUUUAG